UCGUAAACAACACACAGCGGAAGAAAGCCCUUUAACGCAGUUUUCAUAUGUAAGCUUCUGCUUAAGUUGCUAUAACUUUCAUUAGAGGCGAACAAGCGAAAGUAACUCACGUUCACUAAAACCUAUAACGUUUUCGCUGACAAAUUCUGAAAAUAGCAAUAACUUUGGGUUUAUAACGUAACGUUAAGCUAGCUAUCGUGUUGCUGUAACGUUAGCUUUCGCCUGACAUUCAUUAUGCUCUAAGUUAACGUUAUGCAAUAAAUGAGAGUUAAACAACCUGUCAGGUAAGUUAAGUUAAGCGGUGUCGACCGUGUAGUCAGCGCUACAAUGGAUCGCUACAACGAGGUGAAGCUUCUGCUGAAAAGCUGGGAGCAGGGGUUUGUCAAACAGCACCAGAAGAAACCAAACAAGGAGGACAUUGAUCAGGCUCCAGAGGAGACGAGGAAGCUGUAUAAAGAGUACCGCAGUUUGAAACAAGCCAAGGAAAACACCAGCCGUGAUGCAGCCAGCGGACACACUGAACAGUCCAUAUCUGCAGCUGAGGUCAACACCACCCAGAAGGAGUCGGACUGUUGGGGAGCCCAUCUGAACCGCAGUGCACAGCCUGCAUCUUCUCCCAGACUGACACCCCAGGAGAGAGACAGUCUGCAGGCCUCUGCCCAAUACUAUGGCCUAAAGCUUAAAAACAACCUGGCUACACUCAGUAAGGAGAGACCUAUCUCACUGAAGAAAUCGUUUGUUCCCUGUCGAGUGCCUCUAAACUCCUUGAAAGAUGGACAAACUUACCAGACAAAUAGCCCCUUUGCUGCGGCUACUAAGACCACUUCCAGUGACCCUGAAUCCAGCCCUUUCUCACCAAGAAGAGUAAAGACUUGCCUGGGACUUUCUUCAAAGACACUCCAACCAGUGGAGGCUGAAGAGCCAUUUGAGCCAUUUGUCAGAGAGUCUUGCGAAGAACAUGCAAGUGCUGCCAGUAGUAUUAGUAGUUAUAAUAGCAGUAAGGGUAGUACUAGUAAAGUUAUUAGUUCACAAAAUCAAAGUGUCUCUAGUCUAGCUUCCUCUCCAGCCAGAUCUUCUGCUCUGUUGUCGUCGUUAUCUUCUCCAUGUAGUGUAGGACCUUCAAGAAGAGAUUUAGGAGCCAUAGGAAAGUUAAAUGAAGACAUAGGAGCUUCAGGAGAUGGGGAAGAAAAUGUUGCAACAUUAGGAACUGCACAUGGGGGUAUUGGUUCUGCAGUUGUUGGAACUUUGACUGGCUUGAGAGGAAGCCCAAAGUGUCUUGGAGGUUUCAGAGAAGGGAUGGGAGGUGGAGGCACGGGAGGGAAACCCUCCCCUGCCAGCAGACUGAGUUUUAUUGACACAAAGUGGCUAGAGAGGUGCCAGGUGUUUGGAGAGAUGGGGGCUGAGCUGAGACCUGGAGCAGGAAACCAGGAGAUAGAUUUGGAGAAAAGAGGAGAGAGAGAAAGGACAAAAGAAACAGAAGGAAAAAUACAAGAAGAUGAAAGAGUUAGAAAAGAAGAAAUGGAUGCAGAGGGAGAAAGAAGAGAGGCAGACUCAGGAAGAGAUAAAGUGAUUAAAAGCAGUACUAGAGAUAAAAUAGUCAGCAAUAGUACAACGAAACCUGCUCUAGAACACAAUGCAACAAGCAAAGGAGGAGGGGGAGAAAAAGUGAAAAUGAAGGGAGGUGGGGAGAUUGAAGGAGGCUGGACACCGCCUUUAUCGCCAGAAGACGACAAUGAGACUAGUCACAUAUCCAAAGGUACAAAGAAGAGAGGGAGGAAAAGGCAGAGAGAGGGUGAGAAUGUGGAGGGAGAGACGCCAGAGGAGGGAGGAGUGAAGAAGAGGCGUAGGAAUGCCAAAAAGAAAGAGGACAGCUCUGAUGUAAAGCCCAGCCCAGCUCAAGGAGGAAAGAGAAGGAGAGCAAAGAAAAAGGGAGAUGAAGAGGAAGAAGAGAAAGAAACCAAGGUACCGAAAAAGGUUCCCCAGGAGAACCUGUUAGGAGAAAUAGAGGAGGAAUUUGGAACUAAGAGAAUGUGUCACACUCAGUCUGCCAGAGCCAGAGGUAUGAAAGGCCCAGAGGGCAACUUUGUGAAGAUAAAUCUGAAGAAGAAAUCUCAUGUCAAAGGGUAUGCACUGAGAGGUGUUGGUCUACGCAAACAGUUGUACAUGCAGAAGUUCCAGCUAAAAGGUGAACGUUUUGGGGGAGGUGGUGGAUACUUUGGCAGAGGAAGGAGGGGUGGAUUCAGAGGGGGUUUUAAUCGCCAGGGUGACACCUGCUACAAGUGUGGAGGGACCGGACACUGGGCCCUAGACUGCAAGGGACGAGCACCUCCCCCUCCUGUUCCUGACGACCCGCCUGCGGAAGAGGAGCCGUUUGAACUGCCAACUCUGGAGGAGGUAGCCAGGGCGACAGGAACACUGCAGCCUCAGCCGCUGGUGGCAUCUCACAGUAUCGAUGAGGAGCAGCCGUACCAAGGAAAGGACGUGGACAGUCACCAUAAAGACGAGGUGCUGCUGAAUGUGAUUCGCCCUGACUAUGAGCGCCCUGCUCCUCCACCACCGAUGGAACCUCUUUAUCAUCUCAAAGAAGAUGGAAAAGUGCAGGCAACACCUGCUGAGGUUUAUGCCGCUCUGACAGACCUUGGCUAUCAGUCAUUUAGACCAGGACAAGAGGAAGCUAUCAUGAGGAUCCUGUCAGGUCUCUCUACCCUUGUAGUGUUGUCAACAGGGAUGGGUAAAUCGCUGUGCUAUCAGCUCCCAGCGUACCUGUACGCUCAGCGAUCAACAUGCAUCACUUUGGUCAUUUCACCUCUAGUCUCACUAAUGGAUGACCAGCUGUCUGGGCUGCCAGCCAACCUGAAGGCAGCCUGCAUCCACUCCAACAUGACGAUGAAACAGAGAGAAGCUGCAAUAGAAAAGGUGAAGUCAGGCCAGGUGUGUGUGCUGCUCCUCUCUCCAGAGGCUCUGGUUGGCGGCGGCGGUUCAGGUUCAGGGUGUCUGCCCUCUGCUCAGGAGCUCCCUCCUGUGGCCUUUGCCUGUAUAGACGAAGCUCAUUGUGUCUCAGAGUGGUCACACAACUUCAGACCGUGCUACCUCAGACUCUGUAAGGUACUAAGGGAGCGUUUAGGAGUGCAGUGUUUGCUGGGACUCACUGCUACAGCCACACUGUCCACUGCUCUGGACAUCGCGCGUCACCUGGACAUCACUGAUCAAGAAGGCAUCGCAGUACGAUCUGCAGCAGUGCCUCCUAACCUGCAUCUGUCUGUGUCCAUGGAUAGAGAAAAGGAUCAGGCUUUAGUAUCCUUGUUGAAAGGCGAUCGUUUUGGUUGUCUGGACUCCGUCAUCGUCUACUGCACCAGAAGAGAGGAGACCACUCGUGUGGCAGCACUGCUCAGGACUUGCCUACAGGGGGUGCUGGUGAAGGAAAACAAACAAACCAACAGCUGCAGUCAGGCACAAAACAACCCUGUUGGACAGAGAAAGAAAGAGCUGGCAAGGAAGAAGAUUCGUAAACCUCUGAAAUGGCAGGCAGAGUCCUACCACGCUGGUUUGUCUGCUUCAGAGCGCCGUCGUGUCCAGAACAACUUCAUGUGCGGCGAGCUCAGAAUAGUUGUGGCCACUGUGGCGUUUGGCAUGGGCCUCGAUAAAUCUGAUGUCCGUGGUAUCGUCCACUACAACAUGCCUAAAAGCUUUGAGAGUUACGUUCAGGAGAUUGGGAGGGCAGGAAGAGAUGGAGAACCAGCACACUGUCACCUCUUUCUGGACCCUGAGGGUGUUGACCUCCAUGAGCUCCGUCGUCAUAUUUAUGCAGACACAGUGGACUACUACAUAGUAAAGAAACUGGUCCAGAAAGUUUUCCCUCCGUGCAAAUGUAAACAGAUACACCAGAAACAACAGGAUCUUGUAAAGGAUGUUGAAGAUUCAGAGCUGCUGGAAAUGAUGGAUGUGAUGUGUAAUCAGGAGAGCAGCCUGAACCCUCCUGCUCAGCCGAACAGAGUGCAUACAGACAUACCUGUACAGUCUACUGCACAGGAGACGUCACAUACCGAUGCAGCGGGGCUACCCCUCCAAGAACAUAAAGAUGAAGGAAAAGAAAAGCAGGAGGAGAAGAAAGAGGAGCAGACAGUUGAACACAAGGAAGCUGAUGGUUCGACGAAGCACAAGGAUAUGGGAGUGAAAGGAGCUGGUGAUUGGCUUAGGGAGCAGGAGGAGGAGAACAGUGAUUGGCCCACAGAGCGAGUGUGUCACACACACGAAAGAGCAAUUCCCAUCCAACAAACUGUUGAGACUCUGGACAUCACAGAGGAAGGUGUAGAGACGCUACUCUGCUACCUGGAGCUGCACCCCCAGCGCUUUGUGGAACUUCUCCACCCCACACUGUCCGUGUGUAACAUCAGCUGCUACGAUGGACCAAGACAACUCCAGAAAAUAACUAAAAUUUGCCCUCCAGUUGCUGUGGUGUUGGCUAGAAGGCGAAUGGCAGGUGAGCGAGUGGAGACAUGCGAUCAACUGGAGUUUGAUGUUGUCGAGGUUGCGGACACUAUGGGAUGGCAGCUUCCUCUUGUAAAGAGAGGACUCAGACAGCUGCAGUGGAGCACUGGUAGAGCUGGCGGUCGGAGCGGUGUCCAGGUUGAAUUCUCCUCUUUAUCUUUCUACUUCCGUUCCUAUGGCGACCUCAGCGAUGAGGAGAUGGACAGAGUUUGUCAGUUCCUCCAUAAUCGAGUGCAGAACCAAGAGAGAACACAGCUGUACCAGCUGACAGCCUGCUUCAAGGCCUUCAAGAGUGUUGCAUUCCCCAGUGUAUUGUCCUGUGUUGACGAUUUGGAUGAGAGUCGCAGUAUCCACCUGAAAAGCCUCCUCUCCGAGUAUUUCGACAAAAGGCGAGGCCGAGGCCACACACUCGCACCAGUGGACAUUGAGGAGCUCGACAAAUACAAGUUGUCAGACUGGGAGAGUCAGAUCACAGCGGACAUCAGAAGUUUUCUUGCCAACCGAAGUGAUGAGAAAUUUUCUGGAAGGGCUAUUGCUAGAAUUUUGCAUGGCAUAGGCAGUCCUUGUUAUCCUGCUCAAAUCUAUGGCAGAGACAGACGCUACUGGAGGAAGUACAUCCAGUUUGACUUCAACCAGCUCAUCAGACUGGCCACUCAGGAGAUCAUUCGCUUUAAGUGACCGACCAAACUGUAUAUGUACAUACAGCGGCAUGCACGUGCAUAGGUCUGCACUCAUGCACCAUUUAUUAACUCGCACUGGUUUUGAUGGAUUUGGCCAGAAACACCUGUUUUUGUUGACUUUUAUUCUAUCAUGUAGAAUUAGUUAAUCUGUUUUCUUCAGCGUAAAGUUUGUAUACGUCGUAGACUGUAAUUAAAUAAAAUAUUUGUAUUUUUCUA